AUGGACUGUCAACAACUUCAGGAUAGUCUCGACAGGAUUGAAAAGUGGUGCUCCCAAAAUUGCAUGAGGUUGAAUGUAAGCAAGUGUGCAGUUGUUACAUUUCAUCGUUCAGCUGAUCCUGUUAUGAUCGAGUAUAAGCUGUGUGGUACUGUGUUACCAAGAAAAACUCAAGUAAAGGACCUUGGUGUAAUUUUCUCGGCUGAUUUACGGCCGGACAAACACAUUGACCAUAUUUGCAACAGAGCCUCUAGAACACUAGGUUUCAUAAUCCGCACUUCUAGAAAUUGCCUUAGCACUAGAGCUUUGAUGUCCUUGUACACUGCACUUAUCCGCUCCAUCCUGGAAUAUUGCUGUGUUGUUUGGGCCCCUUAUCAAGUUGAUGAUACAGAUAGAUUAGAGAAGAUCCAGAGACGCUUUUUGCGGAUAAUAGGAGUUAGGCUGGGCUAUGAUUAUAUGGCAGCACCUGUUGACACAAUAGCAGAGUCUCUUGGGCUGUUGUACCUUUCUGUGCGAAGACAACUUGCUGAUGCUGUCGUAAACUUCUCACUGGGCAGGUUGACUGUGAUGAUCUUCUUUCAAGGAUUAUUUUCCGCAUCCCUGGAUUAA